AGGUGUGGGAGGCCCUGUCGGAGGCCAGCGGCCAGCUCUGCAGCGGCGUCGCAGACGCCUCGGCGGGCGUCAUCGGCCACAAGUACGGGGCGCAGGCGGAGGAGGCCGCGAGGGACGGGAUGCACGCCGUCGGCAACGUGCUGCAGAUGAGGAGCUACGUCACCAGCGCGGUGGUGGCGCCCAUGAUCGCUGCCAAGUCCGCGCGGGAAGCUCUCGCCGAGGACUUCCUCGCCUCGAAGGGUGCUGCGGAAACGCUGCCUCCCGCCGCCCUGCUUGAAGACGCACAAGAUGGCGCGUCCGAGCAGGGUGCUGGCUGCUACUGAGCGCGGCGCCGGCGCUCGUCUGGUCCGCUCUCUUGUUUCAGCCUACAGGAGGGGGAGUUGGAGGAGG